CUCUCCCCAUUGGUAGGUCCCCGGAGGCUCUGCCUCCCGAGCCGAUAUAAGGCAGGCGGGGUCCUCAGUAAGCGAAGACUGGAGCCAGAAUCUGGGGUCCGUGGCGGCACCUGGAGGCUGAGGUUGCGCGCUCCCAGGGUGACCCUGUUCGCAGAAGGCAUGUCAGAAGAUGAAGCGGCUCAGGCCCCCAGACCUAGCUUGUGGGAGCAGGACCAGCAGAACGUGGUACAGCGCGUGGUGGCCCUGCCCCUGGUCAGGACCACGUGUACCGCCGUCUCUGAUGCCUACAGUGCAGCCAAGGAUCGGCACCCACUGCUGGGCUCCGCCUGCCGCCUGGCUGAGCACUGCGUGUGCAGCAUAACCACCAGCGCCCUGGACCACGCCCAGCCACUGCUCAGCCACCUGCAGCCUCAGUUGGCCACAGUGAAUGAUCUGGCCUGCAGAGGCCUGGACAAGUUGGAAGAGAAGCUGCCCUUUCUCCAGCAGCCUUCGGAGAUGGUGGUGACCUCAGCCAAGGGGGCCGUAGCCAGCAGUAUGACAGGCGUGGUGGGCCUGGCCCGGCAAGGCCGGCGCUGGAGCGUGGAGCUGAAGCGUUCCAUGAGCCACGCUGUGGACGUUGUGCUGGGCAAGUCCGAGGAGCUGGUGGACCAUUUCCUGCCCAUGACUGAGGAGGAGCUCGCGACACUGGCGGCCGAGGCUGAGGGCCCGGAGGUGGGCUCCGUGGAGGAGCAGAGGAAACAUCAGGGCUACUUUGUGCGCCUGGGCUCUCUGUCAGCACGGCUCCGUCACCUGGCAUAUGAGCAUUCUCUGGGGAAACUGAGGCAGAAGAAACACCAUGCACAGGACACACUGGCCCAGCUGCAGGAGACACUGGAGCUGAUUGACCUUGUGCGGUGUGGGGCGACCCCCAUCACCCCAGCCCAGCCCGGGAAGGUACAUGAGCUGUGGAGUUUGUACCCGCUGGAGAAUGGCCGCCGCAGCAGCCAGGCGGAAAUGGAGACGCUCGUGCUGUCCCGCAGCCUGAUGCAGGAGCUACAGAGCUCGGUGGAUGCACUGGAGACAAGCGUGCGGGGCCUGCCCUCCAGUGCCCAGGAAAAGGUGGCCGAGGUGCGGCGCAGCGUGGAUGCCCUGCAGGCCACCUUCGCCAAUGCGCGCUGUUUCAGGGAUGUGCCGGCAGCAGCGCUGGCCGAAGGCCGGGGCAGCAUGGCCCGGGCCCAUGCCUGUGUGGACGAGCUGCUGGAGCUGGUGAUGCAGGCCAUGCCGCUGCCCUGGCUCGUGGGGCCCUUCGCGCCCAUUCUCUUGGAGCGGUCCGAACCCCCUCCGGACCUGGAGUCCCUGGUGGACGAAGUCGUGGGGGGCCCUGACCCCCGCUGGGCGCACCUGGACUGGCCAGCCCAGCAGAGAGCCUGGGAGGCCCACCACCGGAACGGGACCCGCUUCCCAGAGGACAUUCCCGAGGAAGAACCGGAGCCCCCCAGCCGCCCCAAACACACCCUGAUGCCAGAGCUGGACUUCUGACCGCACAGGGCCUCAGGGCCGCGGCCCACCCUGAGAUCCCUUCUGCCCUCUAGUGGCCAUGCAGAAACACUAACAGCCGAUGCCUUAACCUUGGCCCAGUCACGGAGUUGGGUGGUUAGGGGCCUCAUUCAGAAUAUUCGUAGACCAGCUUCACUGAUAUCAGACCCUCCCCAAUCUUUCCCUUGCACAUAUGGAGACACGAACCUAAUUCAGGUCCAACUAGUCGGAGCUGGGUUCACCUGGGUUCACCUGUUGCCACACCCCAAGAAGCUGAUCAAAACUCCUCAAAGAAACACAUUUUUUACCCAAUGGUUUCUAUUUGGGGCUUUGAAAAGUGAGCACUCCCUUGCCCCCCAGCUUGUACAUCCUGGACUGAAGGGUCCUCAGAGAUGCUGGGCUGCACCAGCUGGGCCUGCCAGACCCACUUGCUUUGCCGUUUGGGGUUUGCUGUCCAGAAUAAAGGUGCUUCGUGUUGUCCAAAGGCCCAUGGCCUCUAUUCUGGCUGGGGUGGGUCUCAGUUGCAGGGUGCUGGGGGCCUCAGAGGUAUGUGACUGCAUGGCACAAGCCAGGGUUCAGGAUUUGAAAGGAGUGAUGCCCGCUGACCAGCUUGCCAUCCUGUCUGUAGUUCCACCAUUAGUGCCCAGCCCACCUGGGUUAAGCGUUACCCCUUCAGAUGUAGCUUUCUGGAGUGGAAGUUCACACAUUAGCAUAAACGGAUUUCUUGGAAACAGCGGGGAGCAGGAUCAUACAGGGGAAGAAGUCAGAUGGCUCAGCCCCUGCUAUGCCCACCUCUCUGGACCCGCAGGAGCUGAUCUUGCUGUGGUUUCUCCACUGGUCAGGAUGGAGGAGACAGAGGUAGGGCAAGGGCCAACGGCCAUCCCGUGGGGGCCCUCCUGUCCUCUGACCACAUUCUUAGCCGCCCCUCAGAUUCCCUAGUGGCCAGGCGGGGUGUUGGGAAACCACAGUCUGAUGUGGUGAGGUCAGGGUGGCGCCUGGCUUUCCUGGGACUUGGCCCAGGGGCAACUCUGGGAGCCCUGACCACUUCCCUCCCGCCAGAUCCAGGAACCUCCCUGGCUUCCUGACAACCUGGGGUCGAGUCUCAGCCUUGCCUACAAGUGGGUGGGCAAGCG